AUGUCACCACAACCACCCAAUCAUGGUACUAAACUUGAAGCUCAACCCCUACCCAAACCACCUUUUGAUAUCGACAUCUAUCUCAAUCCUUUCAUCCCCCACAAUCCUAUGCAACACCUGCCCUUAUGGAUAUCACACUUCUUCGGCUAUCGUCCACCACGCAAACUCUUUUCAUCACCCCAUCCUUACCAUCGAUUUCACACAUUAACAAUCUACAUCUCCGUCCUGAUCGGCUCUUUCUGCGGCGUCGCCAUCAUUGAAAAUGUCUUCCGCGCUCUACCCACUCUGUCAGGUCAGAAGGUGCCUCUCGUCAUUGCUUCCUUUGGUGCCGCUGCCAUCCUCGAAUACAACGCCAUUGAAUCACCCCUCGCACAACCGAGAAAUCUUAUCUGUGGUCACUUUCUCUCAGCUGCCGUCGGUGUAGGCAUCACCAAGCUCUUCGAACGUCUCCCACCCGACCGCUUCAACGAUCUGCAAUGGCUCGCGGGAGCUCUCUCUGUCGGCGCCGCAAGCGUCAUCAUGAGCUUCACCAAAAGCGUCCAUCCUCCCGCCGGUGCCACGGCUUUGUUAGCAGCAACGGCCCUCGAGAUCCAGCUGCUCGGCUGGUGGCUCUUGCCUCUGGUCUUGCUUGCAUCAAUGCUCAUGCUCGCCAGCGCCUUGUUGUUGAAUAACAUUGCGGGCCGCCGCUUCCCUGUCUAUUGGUGGACACCCGUCGAUUUAAAGGCCCUCAGGGAAGAAAGACGAAGGAAGAGGAAAGCCAGACGCGGCGGCGCAGGCGUGGGGGAGGGUACGAUUCCUGACGAAACACAAAAAGAAAAAGACGCCGAUAUCAUCUCCGACGACGAAGCGGAGACCGACUCACAAUUCCCCGACCUUCGCACGUCCCUUGCUCGAUCCCUCCGUCUCGCGCGAUCUGUCUCGUACUCGUCAGCUAGCAGAAUUCCCCACCCCUUGCCUCCAGCGGAGGAAGCCGAGCUGCAAAACCAGUUGAGUCUACACGAAACGUUACGCGGCACUACCACUACACCGACGCGCGGUGGCCACCAAAUACAAACACAAACGGGCCCGGUGGAGGCACAUACAGAGGAGAAAAUCAUCAUUUCCAGACACAGUAUUGUCGUCCCGGAGUGGUUGCAGCUGAGUGAUUGGGAGGACGAGGUGCUGAGAAUUCUCAUGGAGAGAUUAAGGGAUGGAUAA